AUUCACAUCAUGUAAGAAAAAAAAAGUACAAUCCACCUACUCUUUUCCUUUCCUUUAAUGACCUCUUGACUUUACUUUCGUAAGUAUAAAGCCAACUAAGUACCAAACCAAAUUUCAAAAGCUUUCAACUAAGCACAAGUUUUGAAAGCUGUGACUUUUGCUCUCUCCCCUAAACAUAAAGUUUUCCUCGUUUGUGAAACCACAUAUGCCAUGAUUUAUCUUACAGACUAGGCCACAUCAACAGGGAACAAGCACGAAGUGAAAAUGGAAGACGCAACGAACGUGAAGUGAUGGAAGGCAACUGUGGUCAGAAUCAGAGUCGGUAUAUGUCAGGUUAAGCUCUAUUCUAGACAUUCGGUGGACAAGUUUCCUCACCACCAUGGAAUAUUCACAAGCUAAUCCACAGCACAAAUCAGAGUUUACAGCUUAUUCACAUCCCAGCUUACCCACACCAUCCAAGUGAUCGAGGCCCACUGCAUGGCUCGCUUCAAACUUCGCCCGGCUGGUAUCACAAGCUAACACAGAAAAGCAAAACAAGAUUAAGGUGUGACUCAAUUCACUCUACUGGUUUGUAUUCCUAAUCAGUCUCUCAGCAAUCAGGUCCUAAAUCAAAACCUUGCAUAGGAUUCCGGUUUGGGUACUCGGUGCCUGACAUGCAGUGUUCCUGGAUCAUCCUCGGGCAAUCUUUCUGUGCAGUAUGGGAUGUGGUAUCAGGUCGUUUGCCAGAGCCGCUGAAUUGCAGUGAGCGAUUUACUGUCUGUAAUGAGUGUAGACAAGCAAAGCAAGCAUAGCGGUUACUGGGGAAAAAAAGAAGUUGUGAAAUAUCACACAGCCGUCAUAUUGUAAAGAGCUCUGCGUAAGUACAGAUGAUGCAAAACAUGGAAAUUUUGGCCGAUGGCGGAGAAACCGAGGAAGCCCUCUCGGGUAAUUCCAACCACAUAGAAAAAUUCUUGCACUGAAUAAAGUUUGCUGCACUUUGUGCAGCCAGUUCCCCCUAUUCUUCUGUAGCUCUGACAUUUCUCAAUCUGUUGAACUGUGGAUGACUGUUGAACUUCUGUGGUGUCGUGUACCAAAUUGGAGUCUGAGAUAAAUACCUGAUUGUGUGUCUUUAUCGUCAUGUGCCACGGACACCAUCCUUCCACGCACAGUUGGCCCCAUUUAGCAGCCGACGAGGGCUUGGGUCUGAAGUCGAUGAAGGGCGGCUCGCAGCCGAGCUGCCGUGCACCUGAGGUUUCUACUCCUCGGUGGUGAAAUCUGCUACUAGGAAAGCAUGUUUGAAAGCUGUGUGCAGGAGACGUAGUCUCUAAACCUUGCUUGGUCAAACGAUCCUCGUGGCAAUCCCGACACUUUGGUUGGAGUGUGACUGGAUAACAUUAGUGACCAGGAGUCAAAAGCUAUGUCGUGUACUCGACAUAACGCUCUUGAUUUGGACAGGCUCGUCGUCUACGUGUGCAAUUCGCACGCACGGCAACUAGCUUUCUGCAGAAGACGGCUCUCUACAUUCAUUGAUCAUCAGAGCGGCAUCUAAAACUUCUCCACGGUGCAGAUUUCGCACCGAAAUCUGAAAUAGAUCUGUGUUUUUUUUAGUGGACCGCCCUCUGCUGUAGGCUAUCAUGUCUCCACUACAAGAGCAUCAGCCUUUCGACGUUAGAAUGCAAAACUCGAUUUCCUUUAGACAACUCGCAAGUGAGACUGAGAGAUAAUACUCGUAUAGGAGUUCUUGGGUUUUGCACAUGAUCCAACUGGUUGUGAAUGAGCACGGCUUUGUGCUUGUGUGUUAACAGCCUAACGUUUUUCACAGCUGAAAUGCGAAGGUACAAACCUCGUCUUGCUGGAGAGUUUUGAAGCCGUGCACUGAGUUGAGGCACAUGCGUUUUAUGAAAUAUGGCAGGCGGAAUUAUUCCUGAUAACAUUUCUACCAGUAGUAUUCCAACUGGCAAAAAAACAAUUUUCCCACUCACGCUCAUAACACUACUCUUUUUCCUAUGGGGUUUUGCAUACGGAUUAUUGGAUGUCUUGAACAAACACUUCCAAAAUGUUCUUGACUUGUCAAAACUUGAAUCCACCGGCCUCCAAGUUGCCUACUUUGGAGCUUAUAUUGUCUUUCCUCCAAUGGUUGGAACGCCAAUUAUACGGAGAUUUGGAUACAAGGUUUCAAUCAUGUUGGGCCUUGGUUUAUAUAUUAUUGGAGCUGUGGGUUUUUGGCCAUGCGCACAGUUUGAGACUUUUGGAGGCUUUGUUGCAUGCACGUUUGUCAUUGCAUGUGGUUUGUCCAACCUCGAAGUUGCAGCUAAUACCUAUGUGGUUAUUUUAGGAAGCCCAAAAACAGCCUCGUUGCGAUUGAAUUUUUCUCAAUCAUUCAAUGGCUUGGGUAGUUUUGUUGGGCCAUUAAUUGCAUCGAAUUUCUUUUUCUCUUCGGGGAACAAAGACAAUCUUGAUUCCGUUAAGUACAUUUACUUAGGAAUAGCAUGUGGAGUUUUUUUGGUUGCAAUUGGAUUUUUCUUUGCAAAAUUACCAGAGAUCACAGAUGAUAUGGUAUCUGAAGAAUCCAACAUUCCAACAAAGCCACUUCUAAAGCAACCACAUUUCCUUGGUGGAGUAUUGGCACAAUGGUUAUAUGUAGCUUCGCAAGUCACUGUAGCCACGUUUUUUAUCAAUUUGGCCAACGAGAAUGGUGUCAAAUCUGAUUCUAAGGCUUCGCAACUGCUCUCGUAUGCUUUGUUAUUAUUUACUGCUGGUCGAUUUUUUGCUACAUUUCUGAUGAAGUAUGUACAAGCCAGGCAUAUAGUGGGAGUCUACUCUACUGUGUGUUGUAUCCUUUGUGCACUUACUGUUAUACUUCAUGGAAUUGGAGGAUUAAUAAGUGUUAUGACAUUAUUCUUUUUUGAAUCAUGUCUAUAUCCAACCAUCUUUACUCUAGCCCUUCAAGACUUAGGUGGAAAUACCAAGCGUGGAGGUGCUUUUGUAGUUAUGGGAGUUGGUGGAGGAGCCAUUUUCCCUCCCAUUGAAGGAGUUAUUGCAGAUAGAGCAAGUACAAGAAUUGGUCAAAUUGUUCCAACAAUUGGAUUUGCAUAUGUCAUUUUGUAUGCUUUUUUGUUAGCCAAAGCACAAAAGCCUAAAUAGACUUCAGUCAUCACUUCAUGUACAGAAAUGACUAUAUAAAGAUAAUUGUAACUGUUAGUUUUAGCAAUGAUUUGUACAAAAUAGUACCCCAAAAGGUAGUAAAAUAUAGAUGCUGUCCUGUACUUCCUAGUAUGAUAUUAGAGUUCAGAAUCAGAAUUUGCACAAAUAAUAGCAUAUGUGAUUUUACUCGGA